UCUCCGGGACGCGCUGCCUGCGCGAGCGAAGGGAAGAAGAAGAGGGGAAAGUUGCGGCUGCGCUUCCCUCCAGUCGAGCGGGGAGUGGCGGCCAGGCGGCAACAUGGACGACCUCGACGCAUUGUUAGCAGACCUGGAAUCCACUACCUCUCACAUCUCCAAGCGACCAGUCUUCCUGUCAGAGGAAACAUCUUACUCGUAUCCAACUGGAAAUCAUACGUACCAGGAAAUCACUAUACCUCCUCCGGUGCCACCCCCUCCUUCUAAUGAGGCCUUGAAUGGGACUGUAAGUGAACCUUUAGACCAGUGGCAGCUCAGCAUCCCCAGAAAUAUUCACCAGCAGCCACAGUCCCAGUCUCCUGUGUGCAGCUCCAGCACUUCGGUGUCCAGAGAGUGUGCCAUCUCUCCUUCACGUGUAAGCGAAGAGGAGCACGUCUACAGUUUCCCCAACAAGCAGAAGUCUGCAGAACCAUCUCCCACCCUGAUGAGCUCUUCGCUAGGCAAUAACCUGUCAGAACUGGACCGACUGCUACUGGAACUGAAUGCCGUUCAGCACAACCCUCCCAGCGGCUAUGCACCAGAUGAAGCCACUUCAUUGCCUGGUGGGACUGGAUCUCACUACGGUGUCCCUGAGAACACUACCUCUUUGAACACACAAUCAGCAACCCCACCGAAGGAGAAGCCCAAGCGGAAUGGAGGGCACGGCAUUGAGGACGUGUGCCCUAGCGUGGAGAGCCUUUUGGAUGAACUGGAAAGCUCUGUGCCCAGUCCAGUUCCAGCUAUCACUGUGAAUCAGGGUGAGAUGAGCAGCCCCCAGCGGGUCACCUCCAGCCAGCAACAGACUCGCAUAUCUGCCUCAUCAGCCACAAGAGAACUGGAUGAGCUGAUGGCUUCACUUUCUGAUUUCAAGACCUCUUCUACCAUAUCACUGAUCUCUGAACCCUCCCUGGAGCUACUUCCUGGCCCAGUUGGCUCAGAUGCAGCCCAUGUGCUUCCUAGUAUAUCUUUCCUGACUACCUCAAAGCAGCAAGCCAUGGGCCACUCUGAGGGUGUUCUGUUCCCUCUGGCACCUCUCCCAUUGGAGGUACUCCAUAUUGAAGAGGAAAGCAACAGCCCAGUCACUGCUGUGAUUCAAGAGCAAUCUCUCAUCAUCCCUUCCAGACUCUGGACUGAGCCACUGCACCCAGAGACCUCUGCUACUCUCACAAGCUCGGACGGACCAAGCAGAGAGUCCACUUCCAAUGUGAAACUUCUCUCAUUUUCCAAGGCGGAGUCAUUGCCCAUUCAUUCUGAUGUAGGAACCCUGAAUCAGAGGCUUGCAGAGCCAAAAGGACCUUGGAGGGAUGAGCAGAGAGAUGAAACCCAGGCUGCAACAAUGCUUGUUUCAAACUCCUGCAUAAGUGGCAAGGUGAAAGUGCCAGUGCCACAAGAGUUGGAACCUGUGUUUGAUCCAACAGCUGAUGCUCACAAAGGGAUUGGCAUCAACAAAGGAGCUUUGGAUGAUCUGAACAACUCUAAAGCACCUCACUUUGCACCAAGACUACAAUCCGAGGGAGACUGCGUCGUGCCAACAAUGCACAGACCUGGUCCUUUGAGCGUUGAUCAAUGGGAGAACUGUCCAGGUACCAGAAGCCACUUGGGCCAGAACAUACUGCAUGGUACUGAAGUCCAAGAUCCAGCCAGGGCAAGCAGCUGUCCUGAUGUUGCUGAGAAGAGGCAAGGUCCAGAGAGGAUGCCUAGGAAAAACAGCCUCCAGAAUGCUCCGAUGGCUGAAUGGAAAGAGCCACUCUCCUGCGUAGCAGCUGCUCCAGGGUCGAUGGGAAAUACCUGGAAAGAGGAAAUGGAUCUGAUUCCUUCUUGCAAGAUUCCUGUGGAGAGGAUUUCUACGUCAGGCCAGAUAAAAUCUGUAAUCAAGCAGACAAAAGAGACUUCCCACGUGCACCCGAUGUGCCGCGAUCUCUCGCCACGGCGCAAGCUGGGCCCAGCCAUAUUUCACAAGACGGUCUCCCAAGACCGCUUGAUUGAGGAACUGCAAGACAGGUUGGGCAUCAGCAAACCUGAACAGGAGGAGUGGAGAAGCCCAGACAACUGGAUGACCGAGGGAGUCAUCAUUAUCUCCAGGCCACAGAAGAAAGAGCAAGAUGGUAGUCAGCAGGUAGAAAAGGUUAUAAUUCCUGCAGAGUCACCCCUCCCUCUAAGAAGGACAAUUGCUGUUCCACCCUCUCCCCCACCACAGUUUCCUAAAGAUGCUUCAAAGGUUGCCUCUGUCAAGGCUGCCUUCUCUUCUCCUCUCCCUCACCCUCCGCCGCCACCUCCUCCCUUGCCGCCGCCACCACCGCCAUCUGUGCACGUCCCCCAGCUGCGCUAUGUGCCAUCAGCUCCACCUCCUCACCCUCUGCUCCAGUGGGAAAUGCUUCUGGAGGAAUGCCCCCCUUCCCAGGCACAGAUCCCAGCAGAACCAGUUGAAGUGGCCUCUCCUCCCAAGAUGGUGGUGUCAGUUGGUUGCCAAACGGAUGAGGAUUCAUUCUUCCCGCCAGAGCAGGUCUCGUAUGCUCCACCUCCGGACUGGGGCUCCCAAGUUCUUGCCGUUCGUCCUCCCACUCCUGAGAAGUUCAUGUCCCAAGGGAAAGGUGGGAACAACUACCCAUCCACGACUUCUCCAAAGCCCGGCAGCCAGUUGGAUAGCAUGCUCGGAAGCCUCCAGUCAGACUUGCAUAAACUCGGGGUAGCAACGGUUGCCAAAGGUGUCUGUGGAGCCUGCAAGAAGCCAAUUGCUGGACAGGUUGUCACGGCGAUGGGGAAGACUUGGCACCCUGAACACUUUGUCUGCACCCACUGCCAGGAGGAGAUAGGAUCGCGUAACUUCUUUGAGCGUGACGGCCAGCCCUACUGCGAGAAGGACUAUCACAACCUCUUCUCUCCUCGCUGCUACUACUGCAACGGUCCUAUCCUGGAUAAAGUGGUGACGGCGCUGGAUAGGACAUGGCACCCCGAGCAUUUCUUCUGUGCCCAGUGCGGAGCAUUCUUCGGCCCAGAAGGUUUUCAUGAGAAGGACGGCAAGGCCUACUGUCGCAAGGAUUACUUUGACAUGUUUGCUCCUAAGUGUGGAGGCUGUGCCCGGGCUAUCUUGGAAAACUAUAUCUCUGCCUUGAAUACCCUUUGGCACCCUGAAUGUUUUGUCUGUCGGGAAUGUUUUACUCCAUUCAUUAAUGGCAGCUUCUUUGAACACGACGGGCAGCCCUACUGCGAGGUGCAUUACCACGAGCGCCGCGGCUCGCUGUGCUCCGGCUGCCAGAAGCCCAUCACAGGCCGCUGCAUCACUGCGAUGGCCAAGAAAUUUCACCCUGAGCACUUCGUCUGUGCCUUCUGUCUCAAGCAGCUCAACAAAGGAACCUUCAAGGAGCAGAACGACAAGCCCUAUUGUCAGAACUGCUUCGUGAAACUCUUCUGCUAAGGCCAACAUUCAGCAUCGUUUUUGUGGCCUUUCCAGGAAACCUUGACUCUUUGGACAUUGCCACAAUUUGGCAACCUGUGGCCUUGGUGGGCUAAUCUAGGAGAAGAGGGUGUGUGUGUGUGUGUGUGUGUGUGU